CACGCCCCCAAUUGGAAUCUUCUGCAUGAAAGAAGGCUACGAGCAGCUAUCAUGGACAGGUGUCGGAACGGCGAUGAUAAAUGUUUGCACACUAUAUACGACGAGGAGAGGUUAAAGUUGAGAACUCCAAGGGCAGCUGCUGCAAACAUUCCCUUCCCAAAACUGCUGCCAUCCAUGCAAAGAGCUCGUAACUCCAAGCUUCCACCUCUCCCACACACUCUGACUGAGUUAGACUUGCUCUUAAGAGAUCCUCGGUACAGUUUUCUUACCAAAACUUUGGAUGGCGAAGACUGUAUAUAUGCUGGGGCUUAUGGUUUAUCUGCAAAUCGAACUCGAUGCCUAAUAUUCAUUUCGAAAAGAAUGUUAUUGUAUUUAAGAACAAGGAAAUUGUUAUUGUGUGAUGGAACAUUUCACAUUGUUCCAAACAAUCUGGGCUGUAGCCAAAUAUGGAACCUGGUGACUGGUGACAAUACGGCGACAUCAUGUCAUACCAAUUGGAAGCAUCUUCAUGCAAUCACAACUGACAGAGUGUUAUAGAGCUGCCAUAACGGCCAUUAAACUGCUGCUUCCGGGCUACGAGCCGAAGGAAAUAAUGUGUGAUUUUGAAAACAGCCAACAGAAAGCAUUAUCCAUAGAAUUCCCUAUCGCGCAGAGACGUGGAUGUCAUUUCCACUUUACAAAGGCAAAUCUUCUGCACGCAAAAGAGAUGGGUCUUGCGGUUCUCAUCCAGGAUGAUGGGGUUUGUGAUAGCAUUAUGAGAUGUUUGUGUGCUAUCCCUCUCCUACAUGCUGAUUUUAUCAUAGAUGGUGUCCUGGAGAUGGCGGAAUACACCCAAAGAUCUGGGCGGUGGAACCAGUUGGCUACAUUUUUUGAUUACAUUGAGAGAACUUGGUUACGACCAUCACGCCUCCCAAUCCUAUCUGUAUACAAGUGCGAGCACCGAACUUCAAAUGCUUGUGAAUCCUAUCACCACGCAUUGAAUGUUGCUAUGGGUCAGCUGGCCCACCCGAAUGUCUACAAAGUACUGUCUGCUUUGGUUCGUCUUGAAGAUCGAUAUGUUCAAGAUUUGGUGGUCUUGAAAGGUGGAAGGCAAUCCACCCGGAACAGAAAAAUGUCCUCUAUUUGCAAUGAUGAGAUUGUAAAAGGACUAACAGCUGAGUUGGAGGAAGAAGAAAUAAGCAUCCAUUCAUUCCUUCGGAAAGCAUCAAGGCGGCUGCAGUCUCUCUACAAUGAGGUGCUGGGACUGGUGUUGGCACCCCACCCUGUUGGCUGA